GUGGUGGGGCUGGCAGCGGCAAGCGCCGUGCCCGGCGGUCCCUUGCCUUCCAGUCUGGAGCCGGGCUCUCCGGUGUCCGUCUUCCCUGGCUGCCCUGUCUACUUAGCUGCUGGUUUCCCUUCUGCUCUUUAAAGACCCGGCGUGGGCUGUGUCCCCCCUUCUUUAUUUUGAAGGUGCCUUUUCAUGUAGUCACCUUGAAAUCUAGAUGCCUUCGUGUGCGUUUCUGAGCGUACUGUUAUGCUUAGGUAGGUAUGUGAUGGUUUCAUGCGCUGGAGCAGCCUGAUGAGCAGACAUACCUUCCUGCAGGAGUCUGCAAACCUGAGAUCUCUAUUUCUGCUACUGUAAUAAUGCUAGAGGCUAUGAUUAACCUGCCUUAAAAAAUAAAAAUUAUCUCUGGUCAUGAUGAUUAGAGGGGGGGAAAAUCAUAUUAAACCAGCAUCUCAGCCAGGAGACAGCUUUGUUAGGGCCUGAUUCUACAAGUGCACGUAUGUAUAAAUCUAUCCAUAUGAAAAAUGUCCUUAAAACAGGGUAAAGCCAUCCAUACCUUUAAGAUGUCAAACUUUAAUAAUCCCAGAGAAGUGGUUGUGCUGCAAUGCACCUGGUAAAUUCUGUGAUGCAAACUACAGAUAUAGGUUAAAUUUGCUCAGUAGCGUAGAAUAAAUACGUGAACUUGUGAGAAGUGGAGUAUCUGACUCAUUUGGCUGUGGCCUAUUACUGUUUCAGAUACUGGUCUAAAAGCUGUUUAGAAUUAGAAUUAGGGAUUUGAAGUGCCUCUAAGCAUGUUGGUUUGUUUCUAACAUGCUUCCCAAACCCUCCGGCCAAACAGAAAAUCUUGAACCCUGAAUUUUAAAUAUUUAGGAAAUUGACCUUUGUGGAUACAGGACUUUCACUGAUUUGAGAUGAAUCAGGGCUGAAAUUGACUUAUGCCAUUCAUAGUGCUGUGAACUUUCCCAAGUAGUUUAGAACCCAGAGCUUACAUGACAGUCCAGACACACAGGUGUUACACUGAGGUAAAUGUGAUGGACGGAAAUCCUUUAUUGAUGUAGGUUUGGUCCUCCCCAGAAAAGUAUUUCUGAUGCGUAGAGUUUGAGAUUUUUAUGGUUAAUUGUUUGGGGUUUUUUUUUUAGGAAAUUUGCAACUUUUUUCCUCGUAAAGUUGGGCAUGGCUUAAGCUCUGUUUAUUUACCAUUGCCGAGUUUGGCCUUUUUGGUAGAUGGUACUGAAUUUUGCUCUCCACCCUUUCCUUCAAAAGUCGUCAACCAUGGAUGUUUUAUGCAGCUUGCAUAUGGGAAAGUGUGCUAGUUUAUGCUAGAAGCUUCCAGUUAGAAUUUCUGUGUUUAUUAUGGACUUGAAGAGUUGUGAAGCUGGACAUUGUCCCUGUGCUAUGUUGGACUUUCUGUAAAUUCAGCAGAUUGAGAAAUUGCACAGAAUUGCUGUCUAUACUGCCUCUCUCUAAGGUACCCAAAUGGCUGGUUUCUGCCAAUGUGUUUCAUUACAUCCUAACGUUUGCAAACUCUGUUGCUAGUAUUGCAACAUUUGCUGUUGGUUUAAGUUAUCUUUUAAACUAAACUGAGACUUCCAACAAGGUACUUUGCUUUAUAUUUUACCCUUUGUUAGCAUAAUGAUGUUGCUAAUUUGAAAUGACUACCAGUCAGUGUGUAUUAGCCAGCUGUGCAUGGAGGUGGACAGUCUCUUCUGUGCAGUGAUGAAGGCCUAACUAAAGCACAAAAUUGGGUUAUGCUGGCUCUUUACAAAGAGGAAAGCUAUGUGGCGAAGUGUUACGCAGCAGUUGGCGACUUCUCAUUAUGAAGUUGUGUGUUGUACAAAGAUGCUUUAGAUGCCAGUAGCUCCUAACAGAGGUCUCUGCACCAGUGGCAGAAGCAGGAAAACAGGUGCUUCGCUAUGGAAUGAAGAGUUUUACAGAUAUGACCUUAGGCUGCAGGCUGGAAUAGCAGCUACAAAAGGAAUAGAGUUCUGUGGCUGCUUGGAGACUUAAUUAAGUGCAUUGACAUCCACUCAGUGAAAAGUCUGUAUAAAUAAUGAAUUUUGCCUGUAUACACAGCCUGUGAUGGAAAUGAGACUGAAAUCUGUUGUCUUCUGGGUGACUGACCCUGAUUUGUUUUUAAAUAGAACUGUUUUCAUUAACAUAAUUCAGAUUUCUUGAGGCAAAAAAUAAGAUCCUGUCUUUUUUUGAAAGAUGCCUGCUUUGAAAGGUUGGGUAAGGCUGUAUUAAAAUAGAACUGGUUGGUCAAGAGACUGUAAACUUUUAUAACGGCUGAAAUCUUACCAUUUGUUAGGACUUUAAAUGCUGAAGAGUUUUAGCAUGCUCAUUUGAUGGCCAAUAUCUAAUUUGUUAGAUGGCCUUAAGAAAUCUGGCAGCUGUUGCCAGGAAUAUUCCAAAUUUUCCCACAUGCAGCAAGAGAAAUAUUUUCAGUUCCUUCCAGACCUAUUAUGCAUUUGCUCAGUUAAAUCACUGAAGGGGAUAUACUGCUUAGGGAAGCUUUGAAGCGCAACUUGAAUUUAUGCUGGUGUAGGGAAUUGCUAUGUCUUGUAAUUCAAAAAUUAAAGUAAACUUAGUGGGGAAAGGGGCCAUCUCAAAUCUCUGACUAGAAAUUUGAGAUGUUGCUCAUUUUGAGCAAAUUCUUCAGAAAUUUUCAGUAGUUAAUGGGGGAGGAGGGGGAAUGGGACAGAGAAAUAUUGAGCAUGGCUUGCUAAGUUUCAGCUGCUGAUAAGUCCUCUUAGGUAUCUUCUCAGACACAGCUUAGAGAGACAGAGACUGUCAAAGUUGAGAGUGGCACCUUCAAGUGGUAAAUCAGUGCCAUCGUCUGUUGGUGGUAAUGAAAGUGUCAAACAGUUUGACUAAGGUCUAAUAAUGAAAUGUCCAAACUGUAGGGACACAGGCAUGGUUUUGUGCUUUAUAUUCAGGAACAGUCUCUGCUUUCUAGUUUCUUGGUAAAUGCAACCUUCCUCUCUCCUGAUAAGUCAUGCAUUAAAACUGUCCAAAUUGUCAAUUAAAAAAAUAACCUUUCAAUGUUUCCUGAGAUGGAAACAAUAUUAUUAUUGUGCCUUUCAGUUUACUGUCUUUGUUCUCUGCCUGCAGCUGAAUGAAUUUUGCUUUUCGUUUCUGUUUUUGGGAACAUUGCUUUUCUGCAGGAUGCAGAGAUCACAUGUCUCUAUGUGCAUAAGACACUAGGCUUGAUUUGUAAAUGGAAAUACAAGCUUGUCUCAGGCACAGCUUAAUUUAAAGCUAAAACAGGAGCUCAAAAUGAAGAACUGAACCCUGAACAAAGUUUUCACAGUUCUGACUGACCUUUUUUCCUGUCAACCUGUUAAAAAUGUGGGAGAAUUGAGAAUAAAUAAUGUGUGGCCUAUUCGAUAUAUUCUUCCUCUCCUAAUGUCUUGAUCCAAAUCUGAGGACCCUUGUUCGGAUAUUGCCUCUCAGUUUUUCAUUGUACGUGUUUCUUGCAGGUUAAGUGACUUAUUCUUUCUGGUAGCAAUGAAAACAGAUCUUUAAACACUACUGAAAUAAUUCAGAAGCAUUAGCACAGCUGGGUUUCUGUGUUAUAAAAGCCCAAAGUAUAGUGAAGUCAUUCUUUAAUACACAGAAUGUCUUUGUAAAAGGUUUAAUGUGCUUCUGGAUUUCUAAAGCAGCUCAAAUCUCUUUGCAAUAUAAAUGUUAAAGAAAAUGCUGUCAAUCACCAGAAUGCACUCAGAACUUACCAGCAAGUUUGGCACCCUGUGUAUUUCUGGUACCUAAAGCACCUGCUCCAGACCAGCUUUAAUUUGAAGAAACUGUAGAAGUGAGAGGGGAAAAAAUAGGCUAUAUGAUCAGACCAAAGUGCUAUGGAGGUCUGAGAUGAAACCCCAGUGUUAACCCUCCCACCUUUGUUUUUGUGGUCUUUUCAAGACCUGCACUGUCUUGAAAACAUGAUGUUGAUUAUUGCCGGCAUUGGCGAUAACCACUUUGAUUACGUCUGUUCUUCAGAAAGCUCAACAGUUAUGCCAAAAAAACCCUUGAAGACAAACUUUGAAAAUGUUUGGAAGAUGAGUUUUUGUGAUAUAUUUGUGCAAGCACCUCACUAAGCUGAAUGAAAGCAAGGUGUGGUGUUCCUGGUUCCAUCCAUGCUGGAAGACUUGCUAGCAUAGCUAUGCUGAGUAAUGAAUGCAGCAUUUGUGCUCUUAGGUGAAGGUUUGGCUUGAUCAAGCUGAAGUUUUGCCAGCUUGUGAGUCAAAUCAUGUCAACACAAGACAGAUUUUACAGUUAAGUUCUAUGCAUAGUAACAUGAGGUGAAUGCUUUUCUGUCGUCAGUGCUGACUGCUUGGGCUUACUGAACUUUUCUUCCUUGUUAUCUACUUGAGCGUUGUUUUGAUUUCUUGGGAAGAGGAGCUCUAAUGGUGGUAGCUGACUUCCCGUAUAGUAUCUUUUACUGGUCUGGUAUUGCUCUAUGUGGUGGUGACUGGGUAUUAUUAAAUUCUUAGGCAAGAGACUAUAUUGGUGUAGAAAACAAAAAUUCUGUGUGGUGUAUUAAGGACAGAACUGUUUGUACUUGUGCAUCACUUAACAUGUCCUAAAUGGUGCCUUGUCAGGAAAGGAGUAGCUCUACACAUAGGAAUAGCUACUUCAGAAAUUUUUAUUAAUUAACAUUAACAAUAAAUCUUAAUUAACAUUUCAGAAACCCCAGCUAACCUAACUUGUAUUAAAACCAAGGGGGUUUUGUAUAUGACGUUAGGGGCAUCUUUAGCUUUUCUUGAGAUAAAGUCGCAGGGCAUUAAGUUAGCAGCAAUUAAAAAAGUGUGCAGAGUAAAUAUUGGUUCAGCUCAAUAAGCAUGAAUUCAAUGUCAAGAUAGACCCCUUUUUUUGACCCUGUUUUCUCACACUAAUCCUUUUUUAUUGCCUACUGCUUCCUAGCGAGUGCUCCAUUUUCAUUAUAAGCCUAUUGUUUUGUUUUGCAAUUGAAAGAAGGGUCAGAGAAACGAACUGCUGUUGGCAAAACCAGUUUUACUGUUUUAGAAAUAAGCUUUGGAAUUGCUUGAACAAUAAGUUAUUAGAAGAGCUUCAAAACCUAAUAUUAAAAAAAAACAAAACAAUGUUAUAAGUAAGACAUAGCAACUAUGAAAGCUACCGUUGGCAAGCCAGUUUUCACCUAAUUUGUAACUUCAUAAUACUAAUAUCUACUUUGUGCUUAAUGUCUUCAGGAUAUUUUGGCAAACACAGAAAAUUAGUUGGAUUGAAAAGAGGACACCUAUUUGAUAUGGGAGGAUGAAGCUACUUUUCUUAGAAGUUAUUUUAUUGUAGCAGUCAAAUUCUUGAACUUUAUAAAAGAUUAUUUCAGUACCAAAUUGCAGCUUUCGGAGAAGCAGUACGUAACGUUAUUCUGAGAAAAAACCCACCCAGAAAAACAAAAAAGUCUUGAGCAAGUUAGUAUGAAAAUCUUCCUGUCUUCAGUCUGGUCUCUGACUUGCUAAGCUCAGAGUGCUUUGCUGUGGAUACACAUCUAUUUAAGUUUUCCGGGGUCAGGCUGGCGGGGGGAAGAUUCCAAAACACACUGAAUAAUUUAUGCCCAUUCCUAUUCUCCUAGGAGUGUGGCUUCCGUCUCUGGCAGCUGUGUUCACCAGGGGAGGAUGGGAUACUGCGAUUUUCCUCCAUGUCUGUUGCUAUAACAGAACUAUUUGUCUAUUUCUUUUUUUAUAACUGAAAAAUGACAUCUAAAUGAAGCUUUUAUUAGAUUAUGUCACAACCCGUAUGUACGGACUUAAAGAAUAACAUUUUUUUUGCUUGUCAACCGCUCCAGAAGUCUGGUUGAGGACAAAUUUUGACACUAAUAGUGCAAGCUGUUCUAAUUAGAUUUUGUGACCUGUCUUAAUACACGUUGGCAUUUGUAAGAUCCUCAUAUUGUGGAAUGGAAAAUACUCUAAAAUGAAAUGUUCUGUAGCUUGGUAUUUUCAACUGGAAGAUUAGGUUUUUGUGUCUGUCGAGAUCUGUGGGUUAGUUUUUUUGAGGUGGUUCUAGGCCAUAGCACUUCCAUGUUCACCUUAUUUCAGGAGUAUGGUCAUGUUCACACAUGUUUAUAAAGCCCUCGUAAUUGUCAUACCUGUUGUUUCACUUCUGUUGGAGCCACAUGUUGCCCAGUGCCCCUGUGUUUUACCACUGACAGUAAUGGUUAUUUGUUCAUAGAAUUAAUUUGGCUUGGCAGCCUCUAAAUGAGAUUUAUCACAAUGAGAGACGAUCUUAAUCAAGGAACUUGUUAAACAAAACUUCUUCAUAGUGUCAGAACACAAACUAAGCUAAGUGCCAUAGUGACCAGAAGACUCUGGAAAAAAUAUGGCCUCGUAUAAUAUUGCAUCCCAGCUGCAGUACAUUUUUAUCAAAUAAAAAGAUGGCAAGUGGAGUGUAUUACCUUGUAGCUGUUGCUCAGAGCUGGUUUUGCAGCCUUUGUGGAAAGCGAUUCUAGGUCAGCCAAGUGUGGUGCCUGUUAACUAUGUGAAACUGCAGCAGCAUUACAUUGUGGCAUAGCACAACAUACAGCUCUUUGUUUCUACCGCUUUCAUAUGUAGAAUGGUUUUGUAUAUAGACUGUUUGCUCCCUGUUCCUCUUAAGCUGCAGUGACCCAUCCAUGAGUGUCGUGGUCUGCAGGGCCUGUUGGCAUACAGUGUGUAGAUUUACCUUUGUCUGCCCUAACAUGUAGGAGAAAAUCAGGCCUGUAUGCUAACAUGCACUAUUGUAGUGAACUGUGUGAAUGGGUAUUCUUUGAGAUGUACUUACAGUUAUUCCCAGUGUUUUCUAAGGUUUUCAGGGUUGCCUUUCGUUGGAGGAGUAAAUAAUCUGUAAAGAAAGAGUAGGGAUUAACAGUAGGUGGUUUUGUAAAUUAGCCUGAUUUAUCAGAGGUACUGUGAAGGAGGAGUAUUCUGCUCCUCUUGUGGAUGAAAAAUGCUUAUUUGGUAUUGAGUCAGGAUGGUAGCUUGUGAGAGGGCAAAGAAGUGGCAAAUGUGUGAAACUGAGAAUGAGGGCAACCUGAAGUUGAGCUAAGAAAAAAAGAAAGUUAAGUAGGCAAGUAGAAAUGUCCUGCUUAGAUAGGUGGCUGCUAACACUGCUUUAGUUAAGUGAUGGAAGAUGAAGUUCAGUGGUUUUCUGAACAAGCUGUGGGUGUAUCUGAGAAACCACCAUCCUUACCAUAUUGAAAAUGAACCAAAUGAGGUUCUAGGAAAAACUGCUACCUAGCAAACUGAGUAGAGUUAAACUGUAGUAGACUGCUGGCUAGCUUCCUUCUCUAGAAAUGUGAUUUAAGGUCUUGGCGCUAACUCUUACGACAAUUGUGUUUUCAGUAUAAGGUUGUAACAUUCGGCUUGCAGUGUUUAACUGUUAUAUACCUCCCUGUAUGAAAUACACUGUAUGUUGAAGUGAACUCUGGUUACAGUGUAGUUUACUCAUACUUUUGUACUUUAAAAGUGUUACCAAAAUGACAGUUUGUUUUUUGUUUAGUAACUGUUGGUAUAUUUAAGGGAUAAAAAUAGAAAAAAUUCUCACAAGUACAAUUGAGGCUGCUUUAUUCCAAGGAGGACUUCAGAAGUUUGUAGAACGUUAGAUACAAGUUUUUAAUUCUUUUCCCUGCCUGCUUUAGUCUGUAGGUAUGUUUGCCCUACAGGGAAGGUCUGCGUAUGAGGAAAGUCUGCCUUGCAUACCUUCCAAUUCGUUCAGUAAUUCAGUGAUGAAGUCUUCCCUCCCAUCUUUUUAAGCCUUCUUACAACUUCAUGUAAUAAAAAUUAGUACUUUAAUACUCUAAACUUUCUCUCUAGGCUGUUGGGUGUCUAAUGUCUUUCAGCUGCCAUAUGCAUUUCAAAUAAAUCCACUUAGCUUGUGUUUAGAAUAAAGAAAAUAUUUCAUUCGAGAACUGAGAUCUAUAGUAAGCCUGCAAGUUAUUCAAGAUUUUGGCUGGUCUGGCAAGGCAGCAGAAGACAGGUUUAGAGCACUAAAUGAUGACUUACCUGAAGGUAGAUGUGACUUCUCAGGGUGCUGGAAAGCAGUUAUGUUGACAUCGCCAACACAGCAAAAUAAAUAUACAUACUCUGAAUAAUUCAUAACAAAACACUCCAUGAUUUCAUUAGUAUUGAAGCUUGGGCAACACUCUACAUGUUGCAUUUCAGUUUAAUCACAAAUGCUUUGAUGACUCACAAGUGGUAAGAGUGGUAAUUGAAAUGGGACUUUGUCUUCAUGUCUGUCUGCAAGACAUUAACCAAAACAAGUGUAUUGGCAGUGGUACAAUAUGCAAGUCUGCAGGUACGUGUCCUCUGCUCAUGUAUUCUGUCAGCUGAAGCCAUUCCAGUUUAUAGUAGCUUAUCCUUUCUCACUGGUCAAAACCCUGCUUGUAAAAAGGGGUUGGUUUGUUUCCUAAUGCACUUCCAACUCUACUGGCAGAUUAUUCUUUUAUAUAAUCUUACCUAAAUUAAAAGGUCAUGUCAGUUCUGUAGACAAUUCACGCCACAUUGUGUUGGUAGAGGACACCUUUAACACUCAUCUUCUCUUGAAGUUGUUUUUUGCAAGGUUUAGCAUCUGUGUGAUCUGUUCAUAAUCUAUAGGCAAACUUUUAAGUGUGUUCUUCACAAAUGAUCACCACUUUAUGCGCUAUCACCGUUAUCCAAAAGGUAUUCUUUCUUUGGGCUAAUGCUGGAGGCCUGCGUCCGGUGAGAAGUGUGUGCUGAAAUGGUACUGCUUACAAAAAAAAUAAAAGGUCAAAUUUGAAUGGUUUGAAAGAUGUGCAGGUUAAUGAUCAAAACAGCUUUCCACACCCUCCCCCCCUUUGUCUUUCAAAUAAAUCAGCAGCUUUUGGGGGGAAACUUUUAAUUGUAUUGGUUUGUUUUUAAAUGUGUCAGAAGUUUUCCUGAAUGGUAGAAAAAAUGGCAGAUACGGCAAUACACACAAGACUUCCUACAGUAGUGUUGUAAACCUGAAACAGUUUACAUUUUUUAUUUAUAUAUUGUCAUUGGAAACACUUAAAAUCUGAAAAUAUUUGCAUUACUCUGUAAGCAUGUUAAAGAGUAUUCACAUUAGCCUGCAUACACAAAUAAACUGCAAUCAGUUAGCUUUAGGUAAGAGCAGCAAUGCCGGCAAACCACAGAGAAAAUAAAGUGCAGUUAGUGCUUCAGGCUCUCUCUGAUCUGAGCAGAUAAAUUGACAGGUUUUGAUAUAAUUGUGUUAUAUCUUUGUUCAGUUUACAGUUACAUCAUUGUCCUCCUUCAGGAAUCUCUCAAACACGUUUUCUCUUUUUUUAAAAUACCAAACUGCAUGGGAGCAGAGAGUAAAUUAUUUAAAGCUAUUCUGUGUCUCUGUACUUGCCUGAGUCAGCAGAAUACAUCUAGGUCAUGUGUUCCUGAACAGCUCCGGUGCAGAGUAUCUUCUUCGUGUGGAGGCUGAGUAGGCUUAUUAAGAUAAGCUUCCUGUGAGCUGAUCUUCCGUUAUCAUUGGACAAUCAAGUGACAGACAGAGGGAAUGCGUUAUCUCUUAGCUACAAUAAGUAGUGGAUGGCUGCAGCUCCUCCAAGUUACUGUUUUGUAGCCUUUCCCCCAUGUUCUAAAGAUGGGCUGGUGGUGUUCGGAAAGAACUCUGCACGGCCAAGGGAUGAAGUACAGGAGGUGGUCUACUUUGCUGCUGCAGAUCAUGAUCCAGGAAGCAAAGUUGAGUGCACAUAUAUUGAGAUUGAGCAGGUGCCGAAGACUCACGCUGUUGUGCUGAGCAGGCCCUCCUGGCUCUGGGGGGCAGAGAUGGGAGCGAAUGAGCAUGGAGUCUGUGUAGCUAAUGAAGCCGUCGUGACCAGAGAACCAGCUUCUGAAUCUGAAGCCUUGCUUGGAAUGGAUCUUGUCAGACUUGGCCUAGAAAGAGGAGCAACAGCUAAAGAAGCUUUGGGUGUAAUAGUUGCUCUGUUGGAAGAGCAUGGACAAGGUGGAAAUUAUUAUGAAGAUGGGAGCUCAUGCCAUACUUUCCAAAGUGCAUUUUUGAUCGUGGACAGAAAUGAAGCCUGGAUACUGGAGACUUCUGGAAGGUACUGGGCAGCGGAAAAAAUCACAGAGGGGGUGAAAUGCAUUUGCAAUCAGCUUUCAUUAACUACAAAAAUUGAUGCUGAGCAUCCUGAACUAAGGGAUUACGUGAGAAGUCAAGGCUGGUGGAAUGGAGACUCGGACUUCAAUUUUUCUGAAGUGUUCUCUCUUAAUGAUGACCAUUUAGCCUGCUCUUCUGGCAGGGAGAGCCUAGAAAAGCAAGGUGGUGAUGUUUCUGCACAAGCCAUGAUUGAUGUCCUGCGUGACAAGGACAGCGGUGUCUGUGUGGACUCUGAAUCUUUCCUUACUACAGCUAGCAUAGUGUCUGUUCUGCCUCAGGACCCUAGUUUUCCCUGUAUUCACUACUUCACUGGCACGCCAGACCCUUCAAGGUCCAUAUUUAAACCCUUUAUUUUUGUUGAUGAUGUAAAAUUAGUACCAAAAGUACAGUCUCCUUCUUUUGGCAAUGAUGAUCCUGCUAAAAAGAUACCUCGAUUCCAAGAGAAACCUGAUCGCAGGCAUGAAUUGUACAAGGCACAUGAAUGGGCCCGAUCUCUCCUUGAGAAUGAUCAGGAUAAAGGCCAGAAACUAAUGAGGAUUAUGUUAGACCUUGAAAGACAAGGCUUAGAAGCAAUGGAAGAUAUCCUCACUCGUGCAGAGGUUCUGGAUCCUGCUGAAGUAGUGGAUCUUUUCUAUGACUGUGUUGACACAGAACUAAAGUUCUUCAAAUAAUCUACGGUGGCUAUUGCUAGCCUUUUCACUGGAAGACUGCAAAGUUCUUCAGGCCUUGAAAGAAAGUCUUUACACCUGUGAAUUUGCAGGAAAAAACAUUUCUAGAGGAAAAAAAAUGUUACUUGCUAGCUGUAUCCGGUUAACAAAUUGCUUUUCUUUGUCCAAUCUUGUGGUGUUCCUGUUUGUGUAUGUAUAUAGUGAAAGGAGAAAGUCACUGACUGGUCCAAUUACUGUGUGCAUGCUGGCUAAUUUAGUACAGAAUGUUUAAAUAUGUAUGUUGGGCAACCAAUUAAAGCGAAGAUUAACUUCAUCAGGCUAACUGCCAUAUCAUCAUUGAAAGCAAUCUGGUUUGCCUUUGUUGCUCAGGACUAGCUUGCAGCAAAGCUGACUCGCAUUUUCCUCUUCUUGCUAAUUCAUACAAAGAAUGGUAGAGUUGAAAUCCCAGUUUUGAGGGGGCAGGAAGGUAAGUCCUGGUUCUUGACCUUGUACUGGCCUCAGAUGGGUAUAUCUGGUUACAGUAACUCUGCUUCUGACACUAUGCCUGUACAAAUGAUCAGAAUUAGGUCCCCCAGGUUAAGUUUUGCCUUCACCUGCACCCAACUUAGGGAAGCUUGUGUUUGUAAUGCACCUGGCUGCCUCUCCAGUGCUGAGAACUGAAAAGUAGAGCCAGCCUGGAUGCUUAAGACAUCUAUCUAUAACCUAUUGGCUCUUAAGAUGCAAUUCGUAAGAUGUUGUAUUUAUAUACAAGCUACAAAUUGGGAUUUUUUUUGGGAAUAGAUGCUGGACAUUGAUCAGUAAUACUUGACUAUUCUCCAUCUUUCUGCCUUUGUACAGCUCCUCGUAAUCUCUGUGGUGAGCAUACAUGGCUGGUGAAUCCAUUAAGCACCAGUGAGUUACUGGUGGUUGUGGCAGUCCAGCUGGUUAGGCUUAGAAAUGGCUGUCUUAUGCUUCCUUACAAUAAGUGUGGUUCUGCAGCAUGCUUCCCUUCCUUGACAGUCCUGCAGACUGAACUGCUUUUCAUGUGUUUCCUUGUAGAAAUGAGAUAGGGCAAACAGUUUUAAGAAUUAAACCAGUGAACACUGUUUCCUGUCAUGGGAAGACGGAUGGGUUUUUUUUUUAACAGGAGGUUCAGACAAGAAUUCCGCGUGUUUGAUAAGUGGAAGUUAGCAUAUGGUAUUGAAGUCCUUCACUGUUCAGGGAAGGGGAUUGUGAAGAACCAUGGAUUUCUGUACUGAGGAAAUAAAAGCUCCUUGGCAAGGCAGCAACACCUCAACUUGAUACUGUAAGAGUUGUGCAUUAGGGAAACAGUCAUCGCCAUAUUGUCACAUUUAGUUCUCAGAAGUUCUUGUAAUGAAAUUGUUCCUCCAUUCAGACUCAUUGCUUUGGUGCUGCCUUAUAUGACAACUGGCAAUUGGACAAGAAAACAUUGAGCCUUCUCACUUAUGGAAAACAAGCAUGAAGAUACUUUCUCUUAUGGCCUGCCUAAUAAUCUUUCCACUCACAAUUCACGCCUCCCCCACUCUCUGUUGCAGGAGCAGCUCCUGUGCCUCGGUAUUAUGAAAAUGGAGACAAGGGAAGGAGAAAAUAGGCAAGGUAACCCUAAAAUUAAGCUUCUAUCUAACUAGCCAGAAUAGGGUCUGUAAGGGCCAUGCUUCAUUUCUCAGGGUGUUGUGUUAGAUGCACAGUGCCCAUAGCUGAAGUAAAUGGAUUUCCCAUGAAAUCCACUUUUGGAAUGAAAGGCUGCUUCAAAUGAAAAUACUCCUAAUGAGAGUACAUUUAACACAUACCAUGUUGAACUUAAAAGCUGCUGCUUUAAACUGUUGCUUGCUGAGCACUUUGCGUCCUGAUAGGAGUCGCUGGAUAUUUGUGGACCAGGAGAGAACAGAGAUAAAAUGACUGUCCCAUCCAGAGGGCUCAAAUCAGGAUAUACCACUUCACACAGCUCUCCUGCACGAUUUGGAUCUCCAACCUUUGACGGUUGGAAGGGAGGCAAGGUGAAAGAGGGCGUUCCUGCUAAAACCAUAAUAUAUCUUAUUUGCCUGUUCCUUAAGAAAGAGGAAACCAACAUUUGCAAUUAUAUUGUGGGAAUUUAUGUCCUUAUUUGGAACUGCUUAUGCCAGAACUAAUAAAUUGGUUUGAGUACAGUGAUCCAGGUACUAAUUUUCUAGUAGUAUGUUGCUUUUGCUCUAGCAACCACUAGUCCUACACGUUUGAGAAACCAGAGCACUCCCGUGGCCUUAAAACUACCAGUGGUCUCAAGCGCAGCGCUGGCUCAGUGGAAGGACAUAAUGGGACUACUGGGAGUGAUGGCUACUGUGAUUCUCUGUAUCUCCAGGUUACAGAACUUAGAAGCUUCAGUGGAUCUUGAACAACAAUCUCGUGUAUAAGGGAAUAACAUUUCCCCAAUGCUUCCAAAUGUGUACAGGCUUUCUAAUUUAAUCCCUGAAAUAUGAGGUUUGCGUCUAAUCAUAAUAAAAACAGGAGUAAAUUUUUUUCUCCUUUAGUUAUCUUCUGGCAGGUCAACUAGCAUUAAGGAGUUUUAAAAUCCUUAUGAAGGUACUCAUUACAGAGCAAUACGCAAGUUCCAGAACAAAUGAGAACCAACAAUAAGUCACCUUUAAUAGUACUGUAACAAUAUAUUUGUCAAAGCAGUAAUAAAUGGUUCUGGCUGUUUGAGCAGCA